CCAACCAACUGGAAAUACAGAUGUGUAUUCUCAUAUUCUAACCAGGACGUAUUCUGUACCAACGACACCUAGAAACUGAAGAAAAGACGCACUUUGUACAAUAUUAAGAUGGUGGAUUUUUCAUAACAGUCUUUUGACAAAUAAUAGGUUGCAGGCUUCAGCUAGGCUAAGUUGAUUUGAAACGGCGAUUCGGUGAAGAAAGACAAUGUGCCUAAAAGCGCUCCAUCUGUAAACAACCGACGUUUCCAUGCAAUAUCUCUCUGUGUCCGGUGAUGGGAUAUGAUGGAGGACAAAAGCCCUCGCGUAGCCGACUACUUUGUGGUGGCCGGCCUGACCACCUCCUCAAAGCCCCUGGAGGAGGAGCUUCACCAGCAGGCCGAUGAGUCGUGCCACCGCCCCGCCGCCGCGGCCGCUGGCCAGGGCAGGGCCCCCAUCACCGACGUGGCGGUGGUCAUCCGUUCGCAGGGCGAGGAGGUGCCGCGCGGCUACACCUGUGUGGAGAGCACCCCCUCUGGGCUGCCCGCGGAGCUCAACGCUGGGACGCUCUUGGGGCCGCAGAUCUUCCUGUGCUACCGCAGGGGCAGGGACAAGCCCCCCCUCACAGACCUGGGAGUCCUAUAUGAGUGGCGGGAGAAGCUGAAGCCGGGCUGUCACAUCAUCCAGACCACGCCGUCCGGUCGCCCCGCCAACAUCAGUAACUCCUCCUCCCAGCGCAUCUACAUCACCUACCGCCGCGCCCAUGAGAGCCACUCCCACGCCUCAUUGGCCGUCACCGACAUCUGUGUCAUCAUUCCAGGAAAAGGGGAGACGCCCCCUCACACUUACUGCAAAGUGGAGAAGAACCUCAACAGCAGUAUGUGGGGGUCGUCCGUGUAUCUCUGCUACAAGAAGUCUCUGGCCAAAAGCAACACGCUGGCAUUCAAAGCAGGUCUGGUCUCUCGGUUCCCAGAGGAGGACUAUGAGUCGUUUCCACUGCCCGAGUCGGUGCCUCUCUUCUGCCUGCCCAUGGGGGCGUCCAUCGAGUGCUGGCCCGCACACACCAAAUACUCCCUGCCUGUCUUCUCAACGUUCGUCCUCACUGGAGCCUCUGGAGAGAAGGUGUAUGGGGCAGCCAUCCAGUUCUACGAGGCCUACUCAGAGGAGAAUCUGACCGAGAGGCAGCGCGUGCAGCUGGGCCUGCAGGAUGGGAGUGUGCGGCCAAAGGCCUCCAUGACCGUCCACACCAACAAGAGCAUCUGCCUGCUCUCCCACUGGCCCUUCUUUGACGCGUUCCGCAGCUUUCUUACCUUCCUUUACCGAUACUCCAUCUCCGGCCCACACAUCCUCCCCAUAGAGAAGCACAUCUCCCACUUCAUGCACAAAGUGCCCUUCCCCUCCUCACAAAGGCCUCGCAUCCUGGUGCAGCUGUCUCCACACGAUAGCCUGAUGCUGAGCCAGCCAGUGUCCUCUCCUCUGCCUCUGAGUGGUGGUCGUCUGUCCACGCUGCUGUUGAACCUGGGCCCCAAGAACGCCGCUAGCCUGCUGGUCCUGGCCGUCACAGAACACAAGAUCCUGCUGCACUCACUCCGGCCGGCCGUGCUGACCAGCGUGGCCGAGGCCCUGGUCUCGAUGAUCUUCCCGUUCCACUGGCCCCCGUACAUCCCGCUGUGCCCGCUCGCCCUGGCAGACGUCCUAAGCGCCCCUUGCCCCUUCAUCGUGGGAGUCGACUCGCGCUACUUCGACCUCUAUGAACCCCCGGCCGACGUGAGCUGUGUGGACCUGGACACCAACACCAUCUCCCACAAAGAGGACAGGCGAUCGCUGACCUGGAAGAUCCUGCCGAGGAAAGCCUGUAAACAUCUGAUCAACGCUCUGAGCAGCCUCCACCAGCAGCUGGCUGACGGUGAUCUGGUGACUCGGGAGGAUGGCCAGAUCGAGCCGGCCAUGAGCGAGCGCGACCCCGGUGGCGGUGGGGGCAAGAGCCUGCAGACCCUGGAGCUGGAGAUCCAGGAGGCCUUCCUGCGCUUCAUGGCGGCCAUCUUGAAGGGCUACCGCUCCUAUCUGCUGCCCAUCACCGAGGCGCCCUCCGAGAAGGCCACCGACGCCAGCUCACUCUUCGACCUGCAGGGCUUUCUGAAGAGCCGUGAUCGCUCGCACCAGAAGUUCUACUCGCUCAUGACCAAGACCCAGAUGUUCAUCCGGUUUAUUGAGGAAUGCUCUUUCGUCAGCGACAAAGACGCCAGCUUGGCCUUCUUCGACGACUGCGUCGACAAGCUCUUCGGAGCGGAGAAGGGAGGCAAGGUGGACAGUGAGAAGCUAGAGGACGCUCGGCUCAUUGAGCUGGAUAAGUCCCACCGCAGUGAACACACCGUCUUCAUCACCCCCCCAGAAAUGCCCCCAGAGGAGCCCACAGCACGCUACAGUUACGCCGGCUUUCCCGCUCUGAGCGCCGAGCUCUGCCAGUCUCAGGAGGAGCAGCACGUUUCCAUGGCAACCACCACAGCCAGACAUGGCAGCCCCACCAGCCCCUCGGCAAUCUUCCGGCGCUCCAAGCAGGAGAUCAAGCUGGCCCAGAAGAUGGCCAAGACAUACUCCUCCAUCCCGCAGAUGUGGUCCAAGUGCCUGCUGCGGCACUGCCACGGCCUGUGGUUCAUCUGCCUGCCCGCCUACACCAGCGAAUGCCACUCCAAGGUGCGGGCACUGCGCACCGCCUACGACCUCCUGCGGAGCAUGCAGGACAAGAAAUUGCAGCCGCCCGACGAGGUGUGUUACCGGGUGCUGAUGCAGCUCUGUGGGCAGUAUGGUCAGCCGGUGCUGGCUGUGCGCGUCCUGUUUGAGAUGAAGAAGGCCGGAGUCCAGCCCAAUGCCAUCACCUAUGGCUACUACAACAGGGCGGUCCUGGAGAGCACGUGGCCCUCCACCACUAGAGGGGGCUACUUCCUGUGGGGGAAGCUGCGAAACGUGCUGCGGGGUGUGGUCCAGUUCAAACAGGUGUGGCGGAGGCAAGCGCCCGUCUCCAGGGAGACACACCUCUCAGACGCCAGCGAUCUGGACAGCCUGAGUCACGGGAGUGUGGACAGCGCUAACGACUCGGCCGAGCGCGCCUCACUGGACACAGACUUCGCCAAAAUGGACUCUGGUGACGACAGAUCAAGCACAGGAGGUCAGUCAGACCAAGGCUAUGACUCCUUAUCCAAAGAGGAGGUGCGACUGGUGGGAACCGAGGAGCAGCUCUGCCGUCCUAAUGGGAAGGAGACGGAGCGAGACGCUCGCCCCUUGGAGCACAGUGAAGCUUCUAGAAGACCAUACCCCAUCUCUCUGCCUCCGCCUCCUGCUGCUAUUAUACAGGAAGUCAGAGCUGUGGUCGACGCCGGGUCUGGGCACCGGUCCGAGCCAGCAAUGCCGCCCACGGCAGAGAGCUGUGGCGGUGACGGGGGGACGCUCUCAGGAACGCUGCCCAAGAGCCGGAGGCCCAACUCCCUGGCCAUUUUUGGAGAGCGUCCGGCACACCCCAACCCGCCGACCGCCACCCCGGCCUCUGAGGAUGCCCAGAGGAAGGCUGAGGAGGAGGAGGAGCGGGAGGAAGACGUGGCUGCCGAAGGCAGCAGUGCCAAAGUCGCCGUGGAGUGCAGCGCGAGCUGUGGUGUUGCCGUGGAGACGGGCAGCGCCGGUGUGACCGUGGUGUCGGCUCGGAGGAGAGCGGCCGCGGGAAUCGAGAGGAGCGCCAGUGUGGGCGCGGGGCUCAGCAGCGCGGUCAAGCGCAUCGACAUUCAGGCCGGCUUCGACCCGCUGUCCCUGCUCGCCGCCGAGACACACACGCCAACGCCCGCGCACACCCCCGUGACCACACGCGCACAGACGCCGGGCGACGGAGACAGAGACGGCGAGGCGGACGCGCCGGACACCCCCACCACUCGUCGACACCUGGCCGAGGAGAUAAAACUGCACAUGGACAACCUGAGCAGCCCCGUCAGUGACCGCCCGCACAAUUUGGACCAGCGGGGCACCCUUACCCCUGCUCCGUCCCCUUGCAGCUCACCCAGACAAUCGGGCGCAUCAAAGCCCCGGGCAGCAGAGCAGCCCCCCCUGCCCCAGUCGCCCCCCCUGCCCCUGCCCCAGCUGCGCAGCCGGCUCUUCUCCUCGCCGUCUUUGCCCCAGGGGGGGUCGCGCAGGCAGAAGGAGCGGCCCACCUCCCUCAUCUCGCCCUCCUCGCCCUCCCCCACCCCCUCCUCCUUCUCCAUGGACUCGCUCUUCACCCCCACCCUCGACGUCUUCAAGAGCAGCUUCCUGUCGGCGGGGAAGGGCGUGGCCGAGAAAGCCAGCCGAUUCUACUCACGCCUCUCCUCCCAGACCUCCCUGCAGCAGGAUGCCAACUCGGACCGCGUCAGCAUAUCCUCCAUGGGCUCAGGCGACCCCGAGUGCUUCUCGCUGUUCGACGGUGACUCGUGUGUCGACCCGGACGGUUUCACGUCGCCCAAGCGAGACGGCGGCCUGCUCCUGUCCCGACCCAGGCGGAGUCCACGUAGGACCAGUCAGAGCCAGGAGAGCCCCACAGCGCCACCUAGGCUCUUCCGUCAGUCCUCCCUCUACGGCUCUUCAGCCGCCCUCUCCAAACCUGCACACACUCCAGACUCGUCUCCGGACAACGGACGCUCCGCUGCCCACCCGUCUUACGCCAUCGAGGUGCUGAUGUCCAGCUGCUCACGCUGUAACACCUGUGAGUGCCUGGUGUAUGAUGAGGAGAUCAUGGCGGGCUGGACAGCGGACGACUCCAACCUCAACAGCACCUGCCCCUUCUGUGGGUCUCCAUUCCUGCCCCUCAUGGACGUGGAGAUCAGAGACCUGCGCACACAGAAGAGCAGGUCUUCCCCCCAAGAGGUGGCCACAUCCUGCAGUGACCAGAGCCCUGAGAGCACAGGCCAGACCGAGAGCCCAGACAACGCCCCUGCCAGUGACCAGAGCCCCCCACAGCACAAGGACCCGCCGGUUACAUCCAAUGCCCAGAGCCCCACACAGCACAGGGACCUGCCGGUGACACCUGCUGCCGCUCCUGCCAGCUUGGCUAAAUCUCCAGCGGAGCGUGUGUGCGUGCCGUACCUGAGUCCGCUGGUGCUGUGGAAGGAGCUGGAGUCCCUGCUGGAGAACGAGGGGGACCAGGCGCUCUGUUCGGCCGCCGUGGUCGACCACCACCCCAUCGUCUUCUGGAACCUUGUCUGGUUCUUUCGCCGGCUGGACCUGCCCAGCUGCCUGCCCCCGCUCAUCCUCAGCUCGCAGCACUGUCUCCAAGACGACCAGGGCUCACAGACCGGUUCUUCAGAGGAGAGUAAGAACGUUCUGGUCCAGAUUCUGUGGGACAAUCCCAGACUGCACCAGGACCCCAUCCAGCCCUGCUACAAGCUCUGGAACAAACACUGUGUGAGUGCGUGUGGUCCGGCUCCGUUGUGGGAGGAGGAGAGUCCUGAGCAGGCGGUCAGCCUGGAACUGCUGCAGAGUGUGGUCAAGAGCAUCAAGAGGAACGACGUCUACCAGCCCAUGAGCCAGGUCCUCCAGCAGCUCGGAGACCGCCUGGGCUUCACCAGACAGAGGAGUCUGUACAGAGAGCUUCUCUUCCUGUCUCUGGUGGCCUUGGGCAAGAACAGUGUGAACAUUGAUGCCUUCGACCGCGAGUAUAAGAUGGCGUAUGACCGUCUGACCCCAGGUCAGGUGAAGCUGACGCAUAACUGUGACCGUCCACCCAGCGCUGGGGUGAUGGAGUGUCGCCGGACCUUCGGCCUCCCCAGCCUGUGACACCCCGUGUGGACACCAACCACCACCCCAACCCCUCCCCAUCUAACCCCCAUCCUCCAUCCUCCAGUCCCAUCUCUCCUGCUCUGCCUGGGACUCCACCUAGACUCCCCUAACACUGCUACAUUCUCUCCCCAGUUCCUGUCUCUCCUCUCACUGGAAAGAAGCCUGGAGGUUUGAACUGGAGGUGGAAAUGAAACCUCUUAGAUGUGGGCAGGAGUCGUCCCAACCCCCAACUUCCUCCCUCCUUCUAUCUCUCCUCCCCUUUUCCCCUCCACACGUAUUCCCUUCUUUUAACUGGAAAGUUCCACUCGACCAAAGCCACCUCCAUGCUGCUCCCACAUGACACGUAGCCAGGUACACUAUGGAGGACCCCCCUGUGUCCUUCUUUGAGACUGUUCCCCGAUGUCUGGUCUGGUCUCGUCUGCUUUGUCUGUCUGGUUUUCUCUUUUGUCGGUCUGCCUUCUCCCUCUCUACCUUUCUCUCUCUCUCUCUCUCAAGCACUCUCCACCACCUGACCAAUGGACCUUUGUAGUUCUUUGUAGUUCAGUAUGUUCCCCGCCACACAAUAACCCACUAGAUCCACUCAGGAAAAAAAGAAAAAAAUUAAAGAAAAUGUUUCUGCUAUUUUCACUACAGGUCACAGUAGAUUAGGAGCAAUAAUGUGCUCAGGUCAUAGCCUCUUGUCCAGCCAGAGACCACAAACACAGUUUCCACUGGACACAGAGAUUUUGGGACCAGUAGAAUUUUCACAACAGUGUUUAGCCACUCAAGUCUCAUAUUUGUAAGGAAGCACUUAGCGUAUAAGCACAAAGACUAUCACCCUCAGAGCAGUGCUAGCUAGCUAACUAGCUGCCUCACACAAAGACUAUCACCCUCAGAGCAGUGCUAGCUAGCUAGCUGCCACACAUUCCUCUCCAUGUUACAUUAGCAAUUAGACACCAACCCUGUUUUACUCUUAACACAUGUAAAACAACUAAUAUCUGAUUGGUCCAAAAAAAGCUUCUCAACCAAUCGUUUGAGGUGUUGUUUGUUUUGCAGGAGCUAAAGGUCUCUACACAUGCUGUGGGUAAUUCAGGGCCUCUUGGUGGCACUACAGGGGCACUUGUGUUUAAAAAUUAAUGUAAUUCUGUAGAUAAUCAAUUAUUAUUGUUAUUAUUAUCAUUAUUAUAUUACUGACAAUAUUUGUAUCAUACAGGUAUAUUUUAAGAUGGAUGUUUGAUAUAAUCGACUUUAUGUUCAUUUGUAAAAAUGAAAUGUUGAUAUGACGUUGGAUUUAUUUUGCGAGAGUGCGGUUUGUUCCUGUGAUUUGUGGUGGUCCUGGUGACCGCUUUGCGUGGGCUGUGUCGUGUGAGUGUCGUAAACAUGACUGUGUUCUAAGUGCUGAAGAACAAAACUGGACCAAAAAAAAUGGCAAGUGGGGGCUGUGUAGAAAAUAACCCCUACAUGGGUAGAUAAAUGUGUGUUUAGGCCUACUUAUGAACUGAAGAGACUCCUUUACAUAGCAAAGAUAUAUGGAACCUGUUGACAACUGGAAUCCAGAAGCUGCUGGAAACAUUGGUAUCACAUCUCUUUCCUUCUGGAAAAAAGGGAAAGCAUUGACUGUUGAUUGAAAUUGUUUAAAGUAUAAAUUCCACUCUAUCUUAAUAUUUUAUCCUUACUAUGGUGAACGUGAAAUGCAAUAUUGCCAUGUUUAUUUUUAGAAUGACUUAACAUGGCCAGAGCGAUGAGUCCACAAGCAGUCAGAAACACUGCAGGAGGUACAAGUUUGAACACAUACACCCAAGAUUGUCGCUGGUACUGACAUAGAACUGGCCCUGACUUGGCAUGGAAUCUGGCCCUGACUUGGCAUGGAGUCAUGGAUGAAUGAUGGAUCAUCUGUGUUAGGAUUGGGCCAGAAUGGCUCCCAACGUGGCGGCCAUCUUGGGCAGUGACUCUUAAAGUAUUAUAAAAGUUUUGCCUUGCACACAAGUAGCUGGCAGCUGGAGAGCGCCGAGCUGCCUCUGCCAAUUUGUCAGUGUUAAAUCUACAUGAGUUAGUUUAGUAAUGUGGUCCUCUGGUGAGCUUGAGCUGCAGCAGUACUGCUGGAUGGUUAUGAAGUGGAGGACAGUUACGGUACAUAAACAUUUGCACUGAAAUACAAACACACAUACACUAAUACACACACACACACACAUACAGAGAUUACACAAAUACUGCCAGGUUUUUUCUAAAGGAGUGAAAUCUUACUUCAAAGAUCAGCUUCAAUUUGUUGAACUCAAUUGUUUAUUGACUGAAUAUACAAUCACAGAAUGAAAAUAAAACAAAACAAAACAAAGAAAACCAACAAAAACAAAUGUCCUUUGAGACUGCCUUUGGCUAUAGUUGAGAUGUUUUUGACUGUUUUGCUGCCACCUGCCACAUAUGGUACUAGUGAAGUUUACAGUGGCAAAGAUCAACAGCCAAACUUUUCUUACAGCAAAUUCUAAGUAAAAAUCAUUUGACUAUUCAGUAUCCAGCUCACAGCGAUAUAUAUCUACUGAAAUGUGUUUUUUUGUAAACUGAACUGUGUUGGGCCAAUGUCUUACACCCAUACACAUAUCAUAUAUUUGUUUUAUUCCUGUUAUUUAUAUUUGUAUGCUCAUUAUGAUUUGGAGCCUGGACUGGAUCUUCAGAACAAUGUUUAUAACUGUAAAUAAAACACUAGUGACAUCA